AUGGAGUUGCUGCAGGUCCUGAAGCUCCGGCUGCAGCAGGUCAGUGGCCACAGCGGCCUCCGCGGCUAUCUACAGGUUUUUUUCAGGGCAAGUGAUGUGAGGGUUGGCGCAUUAGUGGGGAAACACAAAUAUGGAAACAAAUGCUACAAAGACAACAAGCAGUUUUUCGGCAUCGUUGGCUUCACUCUAUGA